AUGGUGCUCGAGUCGACGAUGAUCUGCAUAGACAACUCGGAGUGGAUGCGGAACGGCGACUACUCGCCGUCCCGCUUCCAGGCGCAGGCCGACGCCGUCAACCUCAUCUGCGGCGCCAAGACCCAGUCGAACCCGGAGAAUACGGUGGGCGUCAUGACGAUGGCCGGCAAGGGCGUGCGCGUGCUUGUCACCCCCACCAGCGACCUCGGCAAGAUCCUCGCCUGUAUGCACGGGCUGGAAGUUGGAGCUGAAGCAAACUUGGCCGCGGCUAUUCAGGUUGCUCAGCUGGCGCUAAAGCAUCGCCAGAAUAAGAGGCAACAGCAGAGAAUUAUUGUUUUCAUUGGAAGCCCUGUGACAUACGACAAGAAGGUCUUGGAGACAAUAGGGAAGAAGCUGAAGAAGAAUAAUGUUGCCCUUGACGUUGUUGAUUUUGGUGAAACUGAUGAUGAAAAGCCUGAGAAACUGGAAGCGCUGAUCGCUGCUGUGAACAGCAGUGAUAGCAGCCACAUCGUCCACGUCCCUCCGGGUGACCAUGCCCUUUCUGAUGUUCUUAUAAGCACUCCUAUCUUUACUGGCGAAGAAGGUGGAAGUGGCUUUGCUGCUUCUGCAGCAGCUGCUGCAGCCACCGGAGCUACUGGAUAUGAUUUUGGCGUGGACCCAAAUGUGGACCCAGAGUUGGCACUUGCCCUACGGUUGUCUAUGGAGGAAGAGCGAGCUAGGCAAGAGGCUAUCGCGAAAAAGGCUGCAGAAGACAACAAGGAUCAGCCCUCAAGCUCUACCGAUGCUAUUAUGGCUGAAGCGGAACUUACCUUAAAUGCUCCUGCUGAUGUUGACGCAGAUCUACUCAAGGAUGAUGAUGAUGCUCAGCUACUACAGCAAGCACUUGCUAUGUCAAUGGAUGAGGGUGCUUCAGGAGCUGCAGCCGUGGCUGAUGCUGCUAUGGCAGAAGCUGCUGCAGAUGACCAGGAUUUGGCAUUGGCUCUUCAAAUGUCUGUCCAGGACGCUGAGGCGGCUGGUCAAUCUGAUAUGAGCAAAGUGUUUGAAGACAGAUCAUUUGUGACAUCCAUCCUUAAUUCGCUUCCUGGUGUUGACCCCAAUGACCCAUCUGUGAAAGAUCUACUGGCAUCUUUGCAUGGCCAAGGAGAGAGGAGGAGAAGAAAGAUAAGGAGGACAAGCCAGACAUUUCUGAAGAUGGGAAGAACUGAAGGCAAUGAACAUCUAUUUUCUCGGAAAAGUGCAGGCGCAUGA